AUGGCUUAUCGAGCUACACAAACCUGCGGGUGCUACGCGGGGUUCGGCGGACGCCAUACAACGCCCUUGACCGCCGGAGCCCUGCCCGCUGGCGUGCCCUUGGAGAAAAGGGCAGGAGAGCCGGAGGAAGAUCAGCCGAACAUUCUCAUAUUUUGUUUUUCGGCGGCGAACAAGAAGCUGCUGUGUGUGUGCCUGUCCCUGUCUGUGUUUCCUCUGACAUAGCAGCCCCUUGGGGCGUGCGAGGACCCUUUCAACGGGGAGGGAAGAAGGAGGGGUUUGUGGCCGUUCGCUAGAGUGGAUCGAUUGGGGACCCUGCGCUCGUGCUGUGAGAUUUUGGAGAAGCUUUCGGGGUUGGGAUAGGCGCGAGAAACGAGAGGGAAGGAGGGCAGCGAAAAACUGUAGUAGGGCACACACCCAGGGAAGGUUCUCUGGAAUAGGAAAGGGGCGGCCAUGUCAACGCCAACCCCGGGAGGGACGCCGGCUC